GAAGAGAUGACAACAGCCAAGAAACUAUUGUGUGGACACCUUUUUCAUGUGCCUUGCCUUCGAUCAUGGUUAGAGCAACAGCAUAACUGCCCUACUUGCAGGGCCCUAGUUGUACGUCCUGACAGUGGGAAAGGUACAGCUGGCGGACAUAGGGGUUCACGGUCAGAUGCUCAUCAACAGGGGACAGGCACAAGGGCUCAGGAUAGUGGAGUUGCUGGUGAUGGUGUGAGCCUAUAUGGAGCCAGGCUCCGAGCUGCUGCUGCUGCAUCGAUUAUUAGAAGUCUCAUGUAUAUCCUUCUGCAAACAGACAAUUAUGCACUUCCUCAGGUUCAAAGACAUAUGGUUGACUCCUCUAAUACUGAAUCUAGUGGAGAAGCUUGUAGUGGACAAUCACAACCGCAGCUUGCAACCCCUGGUGGACCUGCAAAGUUGUCUUUCUCUCAGUUUCCACCUUACAUGUUUGUCCCUGGAGCCAACGUGGCCUAUGGGGAGAGGUCGGGCAGCGAUCCAAAUCUGACAGCUUCUCAGCUGGAGGCCCAGAAAAAGUUUCUUCAGCACCAGAUCCUGCAGAAUCAGCUCCAAGUUUUACAGAUGCCAAAACCAAAGGAAAGUGUGCACAUGGGUCUAACAAGGGCUUCUUUGGAUGGCAAAGGAAAGAGUGUUGCAGCUUCUUCAUCUGCUUCAGAUUGUGGACGUCAUGAAGAUGGGGUUGAUUCGUAGACAUGGCAUAACUUUAGGUAUAUUGUAAGACACUAUAUGUGGAUAACAAGGGAUGAGAAUGUUGAGAGUUGUCCCACAUCGGUGAGGGACAAGGUUUGUUAUGUGCUUAUAUGGUCUUGGACUACUCCCCAUAUAGCUAAUUGGUUUUAUGAUGGAACCCCAACUUUCUUCAUAGUA